AUGGGCGGAGUGCGGGGCGAGCUGCGGGCGCUGCUGUCGCUAGCCGCGGGGCUGCUGGCGUGCGGCGGGGCCAGCGAGUACGACUACGUGAGCUACCAGUCCGAUCUGGGGCCCUACCCUGGGGGUCGCUUUUACACCAAACCCCACCAAUGCGUGGCCAUCCCCGCCGACCUGAGGCUGUGUCACAGCGUGGGUUAUGAUAAGAUGGUGUUGCCCAACCUGCUGGACCACGAGACCAUGGCCGAGGUGAAGCACCAGGCGAGCAGCUGGGUGCCGCUGCUCAACAAGAACUGCCAUAUGGGCACCCAGGUCUUCCUCUGCUCCCUCUUUGCUCCCGUCUGCCUGGACCGGCCGGUCUACCCGUGCCGCUGGCUCUGCGAGGCUGUGCGUGAUUCCUGUGAGCCCGUCAUGCAGUUCUUUGGCUUCUUUUGGCCGGAGAUGCUCAAAUGUGACCAGUUCCCACAGGAUGAUGUCUGCAUUGCCAUGACAGCUCCCAAUGCCACCGAAGUCUCCAGGCCUAAAGGAACCACUGUGUGUCCCCCGUGCGACAACGAGAUGAAGUCGGAGGCCAUUGUUGAGCACCUGUGUGCCAGCGAGUUUGCUCUUAAGAUGACCAUCAAGGAGGUGAAGAAGGAGAACGGGGACAAAGUGAUCAUUCCACGGAAGAGGAAGGCGCUGAAGCUGGGGCCCAUCCGCAAGAAGAACCUGAAGAAGUUGGUGCUGCUCCUGAAGAAUGGGGCUGACUGCCCCUGCCACCAGCUGGACAACCUUGGCCACCAUUUCCUCAUCAUGGGCCGCCAGGUGAAGACCCAGCACCUUCUGACAGCCAUCUACAAGUGGGACAAGAAGAACAAAGAGUUCAAGAAGUUCAUGAAGAAGGUGAAAGCUCCGGACUGCCCAACGUUCCCAUCUGUCUUCAAGUGACCCCCAUGGGGGCCAAACCCCCCCCCCUUUCUUCCUCAUCCUCAGAGCUCCCCCAGCCCCACCUCCUGCCCCAUGCCAGCAUUUCCCAGAGUGAGCACUGAGCAGACCCCGAGGUCAUGAACCACAUACAUCUGCAAUAGCCAAAGACCCAUUGCUGUGAGUUCAUGGAAAUAGCAACGAUCAGAUGCAGAGGGCUGUGAGACCACAUGAUUUUGGACGUGACCCUCGUGACCACCUGUAUUUGUGGCUGCAGGAGCACCUGAGUUACUUCCUACAGGACCAGAGCCAGCCUAUUGGAAAAGCAUUCCAUCCUGACAAGUUAAUAAACAAGUGAAGCAGCAUCCAUCGAACCCCUGAUAAAACCUCUUAGUAGCUAAUUGCCCUCAUGGUAAAUACAAACCCACCAUUAUUCCAGUCUGAGUGCCUUUGGGUUGAGCCUCAGCCCAGGACCUCACGGUGCCCUGAUUUGCUGGCUCUCAUUCCCAACCAUUGCAUGGUCCCACAUACCUGGCUGUGUCCCUCAGUGAGGCUCUGCUUGCUGGCUCGUGUCUUUGCUCAUUUUACCACCAAUAUUUCGUAGUUUCUUCAGGCCGUCAGCAAAAUAUUGCACUGCAGAAGGGCAAGGAGUGAUUCCUGUGGAGCAGCACAGGACUGCAUCCUCUCCGUGCUCCUCUUCCUGCAGUUGGGACUGAUUGGUGUCCAGGUUUUGAUGUAUGACAGCUUGGCUUUGUUUGUACUGUUGUUGUUUUUUUCCUGUCAUCAAAAUACCACAUUAGUGUGAGGUUGUGUCGUUAUAUGAAAGACAAUGAAUACUGCAUCCAAAUGAUUAUUGACCAGGCUGAAAUUCAUUAUUCUGUUAAUUAGAUGUGUUCUUUUCUGCACAGUCCCACGUUACUCCACAUUAAUUACACCAUCCCGCUUCUAUUCAUCAUUCUCAUCAAUCAUGAUUGCUCUUAAGAGAAUGACUGUCUUAAAACUUGAAAUAAUCCUGUAGCUUUGCAGUUAACUCUGCUCAGAUCUGGUGAAUGAAUUGUUCUCUGGCUCGGGAGCGCUGUGUGUUUCUUUCAUGACUGAACCAUGGACUUUAUUGUAGAUAAACUCCCUAAAUAUGCUGAGCACCCUGAUGAAUGCUGCUUCAGAACUAGCAGAGAGAUGGAUUUAGGAUGUGAACUCUUUAGAAAAUCCCACUAAGUGUCUUAGACCACAGCGUGUAUUAGCAUUGUUACUGUGAUGCAAAGUUAAUCAUUGUAGAUAAUGUACUUGAUCAGUGAAUUAAAAAAAGAAAAAAAAAGAGCAAAACCACAAAAAAGAUCCACCCUAAGCUUUAGAAGCAGCUCAGGGCUGCUGAGCUGUGUGUGAUGUUUCAGACACGGUGCAUUGGGCAUCUCCAUGUACCUGGAUGGUUGUUGUACCACCCUCCUGCCAAACUGCUGUGGGAUCUGCCAGCAGUUCUGUGCAGAUGGAGCAGGCAGAGCCCCUGUGCAUCAUUGCAUCCCUUGUGCUCUCUUUGUAUGUGGAGGAUUUUAAUAAUAAUAAUAAUAAUAAAAAAAUAACAGCACUAAGAGUUUGACGUAACGUCGUGUUGUAGACAGGAUAUAUAUUUACAUUUUGCUCUAAUGUAAUUUUAGAUGGUUAAUUUAGAACCUUGUGUGGCAGCCCCAAAUCAGAGCUGCAGCUGCUGCCUAUGCCCCCCUGGGCUCCCAUCUCCCCCAACCCAGGGAUGGAGCAGCACUGGGCUGCAGUCCAGGCCCACAGCGCCGAGGCUGAGGCUGCAGAUCCACAUCAGCAUCUGCUUCCAUGGCGUGGCUGGAAGCCUCAGACAUGGUGAAGGUGUUCAGCACUGCAACCACAGCAGUGUGCUCACGGUAGAUGAUUUCAGCUGUUGGUUUUGAUGUUACGGCUUGCAUUUAUUUUCAAAUCUCAUAUCUGUUGUUUAUGCUUUUUCUUUUAUGUAUCAAUCGUCUCUUCACUAAAACUGCUAAAUUAAUCAACAACGACGUGAUUCCCCCUCCCUGUUUUUAUAGAGACAUCGUUUUCUGUCCCACGUUGGUGCUGUCAGAGGUGGCUGCAGUGCGAUGCAAUGGGACGUGAUGCGAUGCUGGGGAUGUCUGGGCUGGAUGUGCUGCAGCUUUUUGGACAAGAGGAGGGAGAUGCUUCUCACAGCCAAACUUAACGCUCCCCAGCGGUGCAUCCCUGCUCUUAGAACCCAGAAAUCAUCUUGCAGUGCAGCCCAUGCACUCUGCAAAUAGGUCUGGGGGUGUGAGAGCCAGGUGGGGGUCAUGCAGGGCACAGAGCUGCAGUGGGCUUUGAGGACUCCGCAUUCCUUAUUUGCUCGUGAGGCUCAGGGGGAGCAGCCCAAGCUACACAUCAAAUAGGUUUUGAAGGACAAAUGCUCCAAAUGCAAUUGUGACAGCGUAGAAGAAGAGCACAGAUGUGUGAGUGCUGUGAGCAGGCACAACCCAGAGCUGUGUGAGGAGUCUGUGCUGCUGUGGGAACCUCUCAUGUGAGCACAAUGCAUUACAGCAGAGCGCUGCUUGCUUUUCUCAUGGUAUAUUUUGACAAAGAAAUCUGUACUUGAUUGUUUUGCUUUGUUUUAAACUUGUGGUUGAUAUAAACACAUUAUGGCUUCUGUUCUC